GACCCACUCCCAAUCCCACGAAAGACUAGAACCCCUCGGGUCACGUGGGUGUAACGGCCCCUCUUGGAAACUCGCCGAGACCAGAGCAGCUUACCCGAACCAUCAAGGACAGAUGGGAAUAUGGUUCAUCAUUCCUCAUAUGUAGUCUAUCCACCCGAUAAGCCUUUCCUUAAUAGUGAUAUGCGACGCUCCCCAAAUAAACCUACAUUUGCCUAUCCAGAAAGCAAUAGCAGAGAUACAUCCAAACUUGAAAAAUUGGAUCUUCUUGAACAGGAGUAUAACAAACUUACUACGAUGCAAGCCCUUGCAGAAAAAAAAAUGCAAGAGUUAGAAGCCAAACUUCGUGAAGAAGAACAGGAAAGGAAACGUAUGCAACUUAAGGCAGCCCAGUUGCAAACUGGUCUAGAAACAAAUAGAAUUAUCUUUGAAGAAAAAGCCACUCCAUGUGUUGCCAGUGCAAGAAGAAUUAAAAAAAAGAAGUCAAAACCACCGGAAAAGAGAGGUCCUAGAAACUAUUUUGCUGCACAGCCACAUUAUAGAUUAUGCUUGGGUGAUAUGCCCUUUGUAGCUGGAAAGUCCACCAGUCCUAGCCAUGCGGUGGUAGCCAAUGUUCAGCAUGUCUUACAUCUCAUGAAACAACACAGUAAAGCCUUGUGCAAUGAUCGACACCAGCAGCUAGCGAAACUUAUCCAGGAGUCACCGACUGUUGAAUUGAAAGAAGACUUAGAGUGUGAACUGGAGACAUUAGUUGGAAAGAUGGAAGCAAAAGCCAAUCAAAUAACUAAAGUUCGAAAAUAUCAAUCCCAGGUAACGCACUGUUCAUUCACUCAUUUGUAAAGACUGUUGGGGG